GGUCCAUCCACUAGCCGACUAGUCUGACACUAUAAAAACUCUGCUGCAUCUCAUCAAUUUUUGAAUCCAACCGUCUUCGGUUUAAGUUCUUCUCCUUCAUCCAACACGAAAAAAAGAUUCGUUAUUGAGAAAAUGAGGAUUAACAUGAAAGCCAUCGGCCUUUGUUGUAUCGUGUUCUUGUUCAUCAGCGGAGCAAAUGCUCGGCCCUACUCCGAAGGAUCAGCCCACAGUCCCAUCAGUGAGGAUUCGAAUGCGAAAUAUGAAAUCUACGUACCGGACGGCCGAGGUGAAAUGGCUCAGCAAUUGUUGACUCUGCCUGAAAUUCGCACUUUGCUGGCCCGCCAAGCCGACAAUCCCGGCUAUUCCGAUCUCGUCUCCCUCGAAGGUGGCAAGCGCCUGAUGGAGACCGUUCAAGUGCCUUUACCUUCGGUCCAAGCUUCCAAGGUGGGCGUGUCUGAUGUCAUCUCGAGCGUCAGGUCCAUCAUGGCGUCCGAAAUGGCCCAGCACGAGCAACAGCAACAAGAAAAAGUCUUUGUCGUUCAAGCUCAACCCCCUCCCGCAGCAGCGACAGCUGAAGAUGCCACUGCAGCCAUUCCGAAUGAAGUUCAAACGGACAUUGUUCUAGUGCCCGAAUCCACCGAACAAUCACCGGAAGAAUCCACUCUGGUCGUUGCCGAACCCGAAAAGGCCAUUUCUUAUUCGGCCGAUCAACGUGAAGAUCAUCAUCACGACCACCACGAUGCCCAUCACGGAGGAGACCAUCACGACGCUCAUCACGGAGAACAUCAUGGAGAACAUCAUCACCAUCACGAACACGAACAUCCAGUUGCUGUUUUCGAAGCCUUGCCCAAGGAUAGCAUCGGCCUAUUAGCGACCAAUCAAGCCCAAGAUCAGGAGCUGAACGAUUUGACCUUGUCCAGUAACAAAAUCGCUUGGCAAGUGUGGAGCAACACGACGAAAGAGCGAUCCAUCGAGAGCAACCAGGUCUUCUCCCCAUUGGCGUUGACUUCCGCCCUGGGCAUUAGUUUCCUGGGCGCUAGGGGAGCGUCGGCCGAGGCUAUCGACAACGCCCUCGGUCUCGACCGUUUGACAUCCCGCAAUCCUCAUCUCCAUUUGCAACAAGUGGCCAGGGAUUACGACCUGGGCGAGCAUUUCCAGUCGACCCAGUCGCACACCGUCUACGUCGACGACAAGCGCGGCAAAGUGCAGGACGUUUUCAAGGCUCGAUUGGACACCCUGUACGGUGCUGCCACCACUAGCAAUGUCACAGAGGCCAGGCAAUUGAUUGCAAGGAAUAGCGGCACUGACGUGCAAUUAGAAGAAACCAACGUCUACUCACCUCUCGCCAUCGUUUCUACCAGCACCCUCAACGUGGCGUGGCCGAGUUCGACUUACCCGAGUAACCAAGAGGAGGAAUAUCUUCACUUUUUGAAUUUGCCUUCGUCUGCACAAGUGGCCGCCGGACGUAAAUUAGUGGCUGUGCCCACCAUCCGCACUGCUGGCCAUUUUUACGCUGGAUACAAUGCAGAAUUGGACGCCACCACUGUAGCUGUUCCUCUUCAUCCGGUCCGCGAAGGCGACGCUUCCGUUUGGGCCGCCAGCGAUGCCCUGGAUCAAGCCGGACAUCUCAGUCUCGUCCUCGUCAUGCCCGGCUCUUCUUCCAAAUUCCAGGCCGGCGGAUCGGGUUUGGCCGCCUUGGAAUCGCGUUUGGCCGGCCAAGAGGACAGCUGGGAUCAUCUGCUGCGUCAGACGAAAGCGCACCAUCUCCUUGUUGAGAUGCCCAAACUCUUUGAUUCGGAACGACUGAAUCUGACGGCAGCCAUCAGAGCGGCCGAAGGCGGUCGUCUAGCGCCGCUCUUCGAUAAAAAGAAGGCCGACUUUAGCGCCAUCUCUGGAGCGAAACCUCUGUACCUUGGAGAUGUUAUCCAGUUUGCCCGUCUCAACAUUUCUUCGGUCGCCACCCUAACCAACGGUGAUGAAGCCACGGGAAGAAGCGCCGAUGCCAAGAAAAAGACGAUGGUGAAAGCGAAUAAUAACAAGGCCAAGCAGAACACGGCGAAACCCAACAAAGUCCAGGUGACGGUCAAAGCUCCUUGCCAGGAAGCCAUUGAAAAAGCCGUGGCUGCAGCCAUGCACGCGCACAUCAAAAAAUAUCAGCAACAGACCAAGGCCCAACUGGCAGCUGUGAAAAAACCCGAACCCAAACCUGCCGCCAAUCCGGUUAUUAAACCUGUGGUGAGUAAACCGGCCGCUAAACCCGUCGCUGCUGCUAUGCUGAAAGAUCAGUCACCUAAACCUGCCGCCAAACCCGCCGCUAAACCUGCCGCUAAACCUGCUGCUAAACCUGCCGCUAAACCUGCUGCUAAACCUGCCGCAAAACCUGCACUUAAACCGGCAGUUGAACCGCCUGUCAAACCGGUCAAUGUCAAACAAUCGAACGCUCAGAAGAAACCUGUCGGUACUAAACAAUCCACCGAAGAACCUGAAACGUCCACCCGACCCGCGACGUCGACUCGCCCCACCACUAGACCCGUCACACGGCCAUCCACUACGCGCCCCACCACUCGCACCACCACUACUCGCCGCACGACCACUCGACCGACUACACGAACGACGACCCGACCCAGCACGACCACUCGCCCACGACCCAAUGUCCAACAACAAGCAACAACCAAGAAACCAGUGACUACCACCAAGAAACCAGUGGCUACCACUAAGAAACCGGCCGUCACAACCAAGAGACCCCUUAGCAUCCAAUCAGCCACUAGACCGAAACCCGUUGUCCAACAGACGACCAAGAAACCAGUGGCUACUACCACCACUAAAAAACCGGUGUCCACCACACCGAAACCUGUAGCAACCACCAAGAAACCACCGCAGAUUACUCAAGGUGUCCCUGCUAAAACGACGGCUAAACCGAGGACGACUGUUAAACCAAAGACGACCCCCAAAACUCCUUGCCCACUCCUCCACAAACAACAAACUGCUGUCGAUAAAGCCAACAACAAACAAACACCCGCCAAGCCCACGACGACUAAAACCAACGCUAACAAAAAGACCGAGACUCAGCAAUACGUCAAGAAGGCUGGCAGGAUGGAACGUGAUGUCGUCGCUGUAGAAGAGAAUCAGCAAGUGCACCGCCUCAGUUUCAAUCGGGCGUUCCUCUACGCAGUUCGUCACAAUCCCACCGGUCUUCUAUUGAUGGUCGGGCGUUACGUCCAUCCCGAACUAUAAAACGUUUGAUUUUAUCAGAGUUGUUAUGUUUCCCCACGUGAUGAUGAGGUCUGCAGAAGGAUGUUUUCUACAGCAAAAGAUGGGAAUAGUUUUCAAUCUCAAUUUUGUUGAUGGAGAGGAUACCUGUGUUGGAACAUCCCUUGUUGCAUUCCUAAUCAUUCGUGUCACAACAAGUAUACUAUUUAUCUUCUAUUUAUACGAACCAGCCAUGGUAAUUUGAUUAAUAGCGCUUGACGGUUAUGUAUUCCAGCUAUAUGUUUUUUUUUAAGAUAAAUACUUAAACCAGCACGGCAUUUCUCUGUCAGCAACAUUUUUUGAAAUAUACAACAUUUUCCAUA